UUGGCUGCUGAUUAAAGUAGUCGAGGUGCUUGUUCAUGGUGGUGGGGACGACAAACAAAUUGAACUCCACUAGCUAGCUAGCAAUCUACAAGUACUCCGUAUAUGGAGUGAGCUAGUAGGGAGUACCUUGGUAGCUAGCCAGUAAUCAUCUACUCCUCUUGUUAGUCAGUCUUCUUGGUUCGUCCAUGGCCAAGCUCGCCGCGCAGCUGAAGAGCAAGUUCUUUGGCCUCGUGGGGCGCAUCACCGUCUGCGGCCGCGCCGGACACAAGGACGCCGCCGCUGCUGGUGAGGCCAAGUCAGCUUCAUCUCAGCAUGUUGAGAUCCGGUCAAGAGGAGCUGCGCCAGGUGCAUCGCCAGGGUCCAAGCCUCGUAGCAACUAAGCGUAGCCCAUGGAUCUUGGAUGUUAGCAAGUCCAUUCACGAAUCAAUCACGGUGCGUCUACGCAGUCUCCAGACUGAAGCAAGCCUCCUGUCUCUUCCCUAGUACGUGAUGUUGUAAAAUCGGCUGCUGGUUUUGCUCCUGUUGCUUCUUUGGUAGUGUCCCUAGUAGGUAUUGUUGUCCUUGUUGUUUUCUCGAUGUUCAGAGUUUGCCGUGUUCGUGCUAUAUUCUAUGUACGUGUUUGUUGUUAAUGUUCCGGUAUGAGGAUUGUACUUUCUUCAGCUCAAAAAAUAUCUGGUAUGUACGCGCAAAGCAUACUAUCUAAGCUUUUUAA